CCAAAAUCAAGACAAAUUCAAGCAAGCAAUCCUACUCAAACUUUUUUCUUACGAAUCCAAAGCCUCACAUCCUCACAAAUCUUACACAUAUCAACUUCCCCUCCGCUCCAAGACAGAUACCACCCAUGUCCAAUCCGCCAAGUCCUAGCCUUCAGUCCAGCUCUACGCCCACUGUUACGGAAAUCACCAUCCCUUCACCCAUGUCGAACAAGCAAGAGCAGCUUUCGAUGGAGUCGAGGCAGGAAACAGCCCUCGAGAGGCUGAAUCAAAAGAUGAGACCGUUCUUUCUCUCCGUGGUCUGUUUCGCACAAUUCAUUGAUAUUAUCAACGGAGCCUCGGUCACAGUGGCAAUCCUUCCUAUCGCGACUAAUCUGGAGUUUCAAGUUCCUCAGAUCCUCUGGAUCGUUAACGCAUACACGAUUGCGUUUGGGGGUCUUCUCCUGGUUUCUGGGCGGCUAGGCGAUUUGUUUGGUCAUCGGCGAUUGUUCCUGCUGGGCCUGUUCUGGUUCGCGACAUGGUCGUUGAUCGUUUCUUUUGCAGUCAGUCCCAUCAUGUUUGUAAUUUCUCGUGCGCUCCAAGGAGUCGGUGCCGCCAUCACGGUUCCUACGGCGAUGGCGUUGAUCGCCACGAACUAUGCAGCUGGACCGGAACGUACAAGAGCCUUCUCUGUCUUUGCAGCAUUCGGAGGCCUUGGGGCGAUUACAGGGAUCCUGAUGGCUGGAGGGAUCCUCGCCAGUAUUGGAUGGGCUUGGAUCUUCAGAGUAUCGGCCAUUAUCGGUUAUGUACUAUUGAUCGUCGCCUUCGUCGCCAUCCCAUUUCCGCCAUCACCAGCCCGUAAGCCCCGACAAGAAAAGCCAAAGAUGGAUUAUGUUGGUGCUGCGACGGCGACGAUGGGUGUGACGGGGAUUGUUUAUUAUAUCUCUACGGGCGUAGAAGAUGGUUGGGCCAGCCCAAAGACGUUACCUGUCCUUGCCAUAGCCUUGGUUCUCUUGGCAGCUUUUAUUUACACAGAAUCCAGGGUGGAAUCACCGCUGAUGCCCCUCCGGAUCUGGAAGCAGCAGGCUUUCACGACCUCUGUGGUCCUAGGAUUCUUUUCGAUGGCGGCGCUGCAGGGAAUGUUCUAUAAUGCUAAUAUGGUCUUUCAAGAAGUUUACGGUUGGGAUGCACUCCAAACAGCACUUGGGUUCCUCGUCCAUGCGAUCUUGGCGGUGAUAAUGUUUUCAAUCCUCGGAAGGAUCCUACCACGGCUGCGAUUAAAGAUUCUGAUCUUGGUUGGCUUCUUAUUGAGGUCUGUGGCGGCAUUGAUGUUUUCGUUUGUGGAUGAGGAUGUAUCCUAUUGGAGGCUCCCGUUCCCAGCCUUCAUCAUUCAUAUCACAGGCGUUGCUUUUACGUUACUUCCCUUACAGAUCACGGCUGUUCGGGACGCAAAGAAUCAAGACCAAGGACUGGUGGGCGCUAUUUAUAACACUGGCCUUCAGUUGGGAGCGCCCUUUGGGAUUGCGAUCCUAAAUGUCAUUGCGAUCUCGACCAACGGCCAGCAUGAUGGUGGCCAGGCUGCUGGCGAGGGAUCUGUUCGAACAGGGCUAGGAGGCCCUGGUUUGAUGAAAGGGUUUAGGAAUGCGUUUUAUGGAAUCAUUGCUAUGGGACUUUUGAGUUUUGUCCUGGCAAUGAUCAUCCUCCCGUGGGACAAGCCUAGUAUCCGUACCCAGAAGGGUUCCUCUUCUUCUUCUUCACCAGAGGAUAAUAUCAAAGCAGUGGAAGAAGGACAAGGAGAAGAACAAGUUGAACAGGAAGAGGAAGAAGAAGAAGGAGAAAAAGGGGCAGGAGGUAUGGUUGUAAAGAACGCUAAUAAUGCGGACAACGAUAUGCUGAAUGUUGAAGGAAGCGAAAUUGAAAAAAACGCAGACAAGAGAUAGUACAUAGAUAGGA